ACAAAUUUCAUACCAUUGUUCUUUAUGCGUGUGUAUAUUUAAUGCCCACUAGAUACACUAAGCUGAUUUGCCCUAAUAAUUUAGAAUUUGGUUUUUUAUUUAUAACAAUAAUAUAGAACACUUUAUAAAGUUAUAGUGUACUUUACUGCAUAUAUAAUUGUGUAGUUAUAUUUAAUGGCAAUUAAUUAAUGACUUAAUGCUUGGCUUUCUUGCUUUUUAUAUAUGGUGUUAGCAAACAUAAACUCCCAGGCCAGUAGCCUUUUUUAUACCAACACUCAAUUCACCCUUGACCCUUCCCACACUCAAACUAGCUUUUGCCAGUUGCUACUUUAAUGACCAGAAAAUGAAUGGCUGAGAUGACCAAAUGGGGGUAGUCUUCUUCCUUUGCCACUUAUCUGUUUCUGAGUAUAUAUAUCAGUAAGGUGGUUGAGGUGCUUGUCUGCAAUACAAAAACUUGCUUCAAACUUAGCUGCACUGGCAACUUGGUGAAAUUCACUUGUGGCAUUGUUUACUUGGGGGGAGAAAUUUAGAGGAGUUGUAACAAAAGGGCUAGUGUAUUAGGAAAAACUUUUUUUUUUUUUGGUGAUGGAAUCAUCAUCCUCUUCAUCAAAGAGGGCCAAGGCACCAGGUAAUGCUGUGCAGGUUGCUAAUUGCUUGGUUGAUGGGUGUAAUGCUGACCUCAGUCAGUGUAGAGAAUAUCAUCGUCGGCAUAAAGUUUGUGAGCUCCAUUCAAAGACUGCAAAGGUCACGGUUGGAGGUCGUGAGCUCAGGUUCUGCCAACAAUGUAGUAGGUUUCAUUCUUUGACAGAAUUUGAUGAGGGAAAACGGAGCUGCAGAAAACGUCUGGAUGGUCACAACAAGCGACGAAGGAAGCCUCAGCCAGACAAUCUCAACAAAAGUUCAGGAAUGCUUUAUUCUCCUAGUCAACAAGCAGGUGCAAAGCUUCUUCAGUUUGGUAGUUCUCAUCAAAUGUUUCCGAGUGCUUCUGCAUGGUCGUCGGGGGUGAUCCAAGCUGAGAACGACAUGAUGCUCUACAACAACCAACAGCACUUUAACUACAUUGACAGACAAAAAACCUUCCAGGAUCAUCACGACUACAAAGAAGUGAAUCAGUUCCAGUUCAUGCAAGGUGGGAGUGACCGCAUUUUCCCCGAAGCUUCAAUCUCCCAACCCCACAUCAACAUGAAUAAUUCAGCAGCAUCAGGAAACAAUAUUAGUAACAGCAGCAGGCAAAGGGUCUUCCAUGGUGGUUACGAUGACUCUGAUCAUCGUGCUCUCUCUCUUCUGUCAUCCGCUCCUGCUGUCACGAGGGAGAUCGGUUUCAGCCACGCAUUGCAGCCCGACCCUACUACUCCCCAUCAGGCACAGCCAUUACCCCACACCCUGCACUAUGAAGGUCUAAGCACCCACUAUUCUUUCUCUCAAGAACCUGAAACCAAGCCCCCGGGAGGAGUUUCUGAUGAAAUGUUGCAAAGCGCACCCGAUAGCAGCUCUCAUCAAACGCUCACAUUCAGGUGGGAGUAGCCUGUAGCCCGCCCGCCCUUUGCUAAAACUAACGUUAAUAAACUUUGUUCGAUCUAGCCAUAUGAUAGACUGGUAUGCAUGUCCUAAACUCCUGCUCAUGGAAAUGCUGUGUUCAGAUGAUACUUUUGUUCCAAUGUGGAUCUGAUACUCUUUCUUGUUGGUUAAAAGCAUCUUUCUUGGCUUGAUUAUUA